AUGGCUAAUUCAUCACCCAUUCGUAUUCUCACAGUUGGCACUGGAGCUGUUGGAUCCAUUUAUUCGUGGCGUCUUGCUCAAACAUGCGAGGUCACUACUGUUUGCCGCUCAAACUAUCAAGCCGUACUCGACCAUGGCUUCGAAAUUGUGUCACCCAAGUUCGGUAAUGGUGUCUUCAAGCCGCAUCAUGUGGUGCGUACUGUUGAGGAGGCCAAGGCGUUUGGACCGUUUGACUUUAUCGUUGUGACCUUGAAGGCGCUUCUUGACGUCUAUGACACGGGUGAGAUCAUAGCCCCUGCAGUAGAAGAAGGCAAGACAACUAUUGUGCUUAUUCAAAAUGGAUUCGGUGUGGAGCCACCCAUUGUGAAGCGUUUUCCAAAGAAUCCACUUGUAUCGGUUGUCGCGUACAUUGGUGCUAAUCAAGUGGGACCUGGCAAAGUCGAAAUGAAGGCUUUUGAAUAUCUCAGGGUGGGCACUUAUCAUGGCUGUGCUGUCGAUUCGGAAGCUGCUUGCACGUUGUUCAAGGAAUGUUUGACAAAGGGAGGUGUUCAAGUCGAUCCUGUGGAUGAUAUUGAGGAAGCUCGAUGGGAGAAGCUUUUCUGGAAUGGUGCAUUUAAUCCAGUGUGUGCUCUCUUGCAUCUCGACACAACACAAGUCAUGGAGAAUGAAGCAGCCUUGGGUAUUGUACGACGUUUGAUUCUCGAAUACGCAGCAGCUGCUACGGCGGCCACCAAAAAAGAGUACAAUGGCGAAGAAAUAUACGACAAUAUCAUCAAAUUGACUGCCAAUAGUGCACCCAAUUAUAAGCCAUCCAUGCAACUGGAUAGCGAACGUAAACAACCGAUGGAGGUGGAAGUGAUUGUUGGUACAGCCGUACGAAGCGCGAAGGAACAUGGCGUGAACGUGCCCACAUUGGAAUUGAUGCGUGAACUACUUGGUGCUAUGAAUAUCCAUCAUCUCAAGUCGCAGUUAUAG